AUGACACCAACUAUAGCGUCUAGUUAUGUAGAUGUUAGGUCUGGACGUCGAAACGCGUCGGUUAAUCGCGGCCUUCACCAAAUAACAGGCUCAACAUCACUGCCGGAGCAUCUAUCACCACCUCCCGUAACCACUUACUAUCCCUCUACCUCAUUCCUGGAACCUGCAAGUCCAUCUGAUCAGUUUUAUGACGCCAGUCCUAGCACUGUUGUGCGCCGCCCUAGUGAUAUGUUACGUGAUAUCGCGAAUUACUCACAUGCCGAAGAACCUGAAGGAACGGAGGACGUUGAAUAUUGGGAAGACGAGGAGGAAGGGGAAGAAAGUUUUGUCAACUUCUCGCUAUUGUCACAUCUGGCUGUCCAGUUGAAAGACAAAGUACCGAGAGGGACUCAUGUGAAGGGGAGUAUACCGUACCCACGGGCAUUCACGGGUAAGGAUAUUGUGUCAACAAUACAAUCGCUGAUACAGCGCGAACUCGCUAUCAAUCUCAGCAUGUCAACGAACGAUCGGCGGGCCGCUCUGCAGGUGGCAAGGAGUCUACAAAGCCAACUCUUCUUCUAUGAAGUCGAAUGGGGCGGACGCGUGCUGCAGGAUGGCGUCGAGGACGUGUAUAUGUUCCUCGAUGACCAGGAGGGUACUUCGGACUUUGCUCCGAUGCGGGAGGAACUGCCGACAGGCGUGGUGACAAUGCUGACAAAAUGUUAUGUCUCGACAUGUGUUGACGAGUCUCCUUGUUAUUCCUAUUCGUGCCCACGAAGGGUGAGAUCUCGAUCUAGGUUUUUUGGUCCAGUGGAGCUACCAGUAUCGGUGCCAAAACCAGAUUGGCCUAGUACGGUACCUAAGGACGUCAUUGAUGCACUGCCUGAGAGCGAGAUCAACCGUCAGACCAUCAUCCACAAAAUCAUCAACAAGGAGGAUCAAUACAUCCAGGAUCUGGACAUUAUUGAAACCGAUUUCAUCAAACCGCUUCGACUUGCAAACCCACCAAUCAUAUCACCUCCGGAAAAAUUGGAAGAGUUCAUUGAUGAUGUCUUUGGCAACAUCUUGGAUUUGCGGGAGUGCAAUCGGCGGCUGCUGGAGGUGAUGUAUGUUCGACAACGUGAGCAACAAUACGUGAUCCAGCGGAUUGGAGACGUAUUCCUCACUGCCGCAACCGAGUUCAGACUGGCUUAUCCUAUCUACAUCGGUCAUUACCCGUUAGCAGAAAAGAGGCUAAAGGACGAGGUCGAAAAUAACCCAGAAUUCAGACGGUUCCUCGAGCAAUGUUCGAGACAAACAACAAGACAGGGCGCAGACAACUUGCGCCUUGACCUGAAGCACUUCCUCAACCGGCCAUCGGAGCACCUGCAAAAAUAUCCAGUGUUUUUGGAGGCCAUUUAUCAUGAAACAGCCGUAGGAAAUCCUGACGCGGACUACCUUAUGGAAGCUAUUGAAGCCAUCAAGAGCUUGCAAACUAUGGCUCAGUUGAGGACCUUCCAGUCCGCUAUGGGGAAGGGUGCUCCUGGUAAAUGGGAGUGGCACGAUCUCGUCUCGACGGAGGUACGGAAAAGUCUACCGAAGGAGGAAGCAAAGCGUCAAUCGAUCAUCUUUGAGCUCAUCAAGGGCGAGAUGGCAUACGUCAAGGAUCUGGAGAACAUUGACAUUAUGUACAUCAAAGGACUGCGUACCGCAGACCCGCCGAUUAUUCCUCCCGACAGACUGAAUAGUUUCAUCAAGGACGUGUUUCAUAACUUUGCUGAGCUGGGAUAUCACCACCGAAAGUUGGUGGAGAAGUUCCACGAGAUCCAGCGCGAACAGCAUCCUGUGAUUCGUACUGUCACUGCAGCUAUGUUCGAUGCUGCUCUGAACUUCAGGGAUGCGUAUAUGGAGUACAUCCCUAAUUAUCCCAUAGCAGCGUACAGGAUCGAUGAUGAAAUGGCCAAUAAUCCCUCAUUCAAGGCCUUCGUCGAGCAAUGUGUUCGUCAUCCAGAUGCCCAUCGUCUUGACAUGAAGAACUUCAUUAAUCGACCUAUCCCCCGUUUGCUUCGGUAUGAGCUUCUACUGAAGGGUAUCCUGGACGAGACGCCGCCCGGACACGAUGACCGGAAGGAGAUACCCCAGGUCCUGGAGGUCAUCAAAUCUAUCGGCAAAGAUACCGAACCUGGCGUGGUAUCCGCGAAGCAAAAGGUAGAGUUGUGGCGCUACAAUUCCAAUCUGGUCUUUAAGCACGGAGAAUCAAUCGACAUGGAUCUUCUUGAUGAGAACCGUUCGCUGAUACACUCGGGGAAACUAUUACGGCAACCUGAUGGCGGCUUAGAGUGGAAUGGAUGGAGCGAGUUGUUUGUUCUCCUUUUCGAUAAUUACCUCGUUUUGACAAAACCAAAGGAACGGGAUGGUGUAACGAUGUACUAUGUGAACAGAAGGCCUACGCCCCUGGACCUUCUUACCUUGGUCAAUUUCACAGAUCCGCCGACUCAACGUAAUACCGGUUUACUUCGUAAUUUGAGAGGAGGAGAACGACACACGGAAGGCCCCAAUGGUACUCCUGGGGUAUCGUCUCCGGAGAGCGCCGCCGACUCUCGUUCCGUCUAUCCGUUGACGCUGCAUCAUAACGGUAGAAUGGGUGGCCCAUACAUCCUCUAUGCGGAGUCUGCCCAGGCGAGAGCAGAGUGGAAGCAGAAGCUCGAAGAGGCUUUGGGGAUCCGUAAAGUCGUGCAGGAGUCAAACAAGGUCUUUGAGAUUGAAACAUUGAGUGCCGAUACGUUUUUGGUGCCUGCGAUGGUUGGUGGAUCCACUUCACCGCCUGCUUGGAACCAAGAGAACUCGUUUACGGGAAAGGUCACUUGCUCUGUUCCGUUCAAUACCGCAGAUGGACGGGGACUUGUCGCUAUUGGGUGUGCAGAAGGCGUAUGGAUUGGGUUCAGGCAUGAUCCAAAAUCAAUGCGCCGUGUCUUACAUCUCAAGCUGGUGACUCAAUGUGCCAUGUUGGAGGAGUUCGGACUUUUCUUAGUCUUGGCUGACAAAUCUCUUUUCGCCUACCAUAUCGAAGCACUAGUACCUUCAUCUCCUCAAAAUGCUCAUGCUUCGCAAGUCCCACAAAAACUGAAUGGAAACAAGGACGUUCAUUUCUUCAGCGUUGGGAAUCUUCAUGGUCGAACAUUAGUCAUCUACAUGAAGAAGAAAGCGCUGAACAGCAUCUUCCGAGUAUUGGAGCCGGUGGGGGACAAGAUCAAUGAGCGGGUGAGGACUCCAGGUGGCCUUGGGUCCCGUCUGGGGUUCCGCUCUGCAAGAUCGGAAUGGUUCAGGAUAUACAGAGAUUUCUUCCUGCCAUCAGAAUCGUUUGACCUCAUUUUCUUGAAAGCCAGGAUCGCAAUCCUUUGCACAAAAGGCUUUGAAAUCAUGGAUCUUCAUGACUUCAAGAGUGCAACGAUUCCCCAUACCGAUGACCCAAAGUUAGUUGCAAUCACCAAGCGCGGCGAAUCGUGUCGUCCUAUCGGAAUGUUUAGAUCAGCUGAUGACGAAUUCCUUCUGUGCUAUGAUGAGUUUGGACUCUAUGUCGACAAGCACGGAGACCCGAGUCGAUCUUCGGGUAGUAUUGAAUGGGAGGGUACGGCUGAGCGUGCUGCUCUGCAUCUGCCAUACAUCCUCUUGUUCGAUAGCCGCUUUAUUGAGGUCCGCCGCCUCGAGACUGGCAGACUAGUGCAGAUCAUACCGGGCAUCGAUGUUCGUUGCAUAUGGGAUGGUCGUGGAGCCAAUCGAACGAAUCCAGUAACGACGCCUCCGGCUAAUGGUUCUGCUGACGAUGAUAUGGUGCAAGAAGCGCAAAUUCAUGCCGUGAUGAACUCGACAGAACAGCAAGGCGCGAGGGUGAUGUCCCGAGCUGUUGCACAGCAUGUAUUCGAACUCGUGCCUACUAUACCAUUAUAUCCUCCUGGACCCGUCCAACUUCCACAAGCAGUGCCAUAUCAGCCAUCAUAUUCCCCACCCCUUACUCCCGAAAUGAGAACCUCUGUGUCCUGGAGGCCAUGA